CAGUUCGUGGUUAGUGUGUCCCAUGCGUUUCCCAUGUGAGAGACGCGUUGAGACUGUAAAUUUGAAGGAAUUGUAUAUUAACGCAUUAAUUAAUUAUUUGAAUAUAUCCUUGUAAAAGCUAUCUGUAACUUCUGUCAAAAUGAAGAAGAAGAGAAAGGAAUCAUCUAAAACUGAAACGGAAGAUCAGAUUGAGUUACUAGCUAACUCUCAGAAUGAAGAAGAAAAUGAGAAAAACAGUAUACAACAGGCUAAGUACUCCAAACGAAAAGCGAAGGACACCGUGUCAGAUGAUAGGAUCUUACGACCAGUCAAGCUGUCCAAGAAAGAGCUGUACAAAGCCCCAACAGUGGAAGAGCUCAACCAGCUAAAAGAAGCAGAGAAUCUCUUUCACUGCAGCAUGUUGAAAAUGCAGAUGGAAGAACUGCUGAAAGAAGUGUCUCUCAGUGAGCACAGGAAGAAGCUUGUGGACUCCUUUGUGCAGCAGGUCACUGAUGUGUUGCAGAGUGUGCCCGAAUCUGAAGUUGUGGAGUUGGAUGACAUUUCAUGGUUGUCAGGUGUUGAAGUCCCAUUCCUCCUCGUCCCAUCAACGACAAAAGGCAAAUUUCAUAUGGAGCCUCCUAAAUCAAUCAACCUGGUGGGCAGUUAUCCACUGGGCACGUGUAUCAAACCCAAAGUCUCUGUGGACUUGGCUGUUACCAUUCCAUCUUCUAUUUUGCGCCAGAUGGAUGCCAUUAACCAGCGGUACUCCCGAAAGCGGGCUCUGUAUCUGGCUGCCCUGGCACGGCAUCUCUCCUUCGCAGACUGCGUGGGUUCACUGCAGUACUCUUGUCUACAUGGCAACCGACUUCGCCCAGUGCUACUACUCAAACCCCCAGGUAAUGACAGCAGUAAGGUCACAUUAAGGAUUCACGUCGUUCCGCCACCGGACUUCCUCAAACCGAGCCGCUUCCAUCCUCAGAAGAACAACAUCAGGACCGAGUGGUUUACUGGUGUUGCCAAUACGCAGCAAGAGAGAACUGAGUCCCCAACUCCUCAUUAUAACGCCACAGUUCUUGGAGAUCAUCUCCCACUGUCACAUCUUCAGUUCCUGUCAGCCAUCAGUGCCCAGUGUCCUGCUUUUGGAGAGGGUGUGUCUCUCCUCAAAGUGUGGCUAAGACAGAGAGAACUGGACCAG